CCCCAUUUUUCCACGCAAAGGCCAUUCUGUUUUGCGAAUCCAAAUAAGACGCAAGUUACGCAAGUAGCUUUAUUUUUGCUGCUCCAGGUUCCAACGACUAGUCGAUACACCAUCAACCAUGAGCUACAAGAACAUUGCCCGAUUGGUGUUGCAAAACAACCGCCAGUUCUCCCGCACCGCAACGGCAUCGUCCGGUGAGGUUGCCGAGGGCUACAAGCAGCUGAAACACAUCCAGGAGAAGUUCCAGAAACCGGAUGGCAAGCCCGUCUUCCUGAAGGGUGGCCCGAUGGAUAAUGUGCUAUUUUCGGUGACGAUGGUUCUCAGCCUGGUUGGUCUGGCCGGUAUCGGCAAGCUGUUCUACGAGCUAAGCUACCCGAAGAAGGACGAAUAAAAUGGCUGGACGAAUGACCCUUUCUUAAGCGAGCAGAAUUGCCAUGUUUAGAAGUUGUUACCGGCAUGCCGUACGACGGAAAUCCGUCAAACAGGUCAAAAACAACACCCGUACCCUUACUCUCGAGCCUAACACCUUCUAGCAUGCAGCUAUAGUUCAAAACGAUUUUUCAAAACGAAUAUUUAUCUGCCGAACAAAAUGAUUUGGAGUAGUCUGUGGCUUCGUGCUGCGUAGCGUAGGAAACAUUAUGUUUUAUCCCCACCCUGAAGGGCCACUAACUAACAUCCCUGUGUCGAGAGUGUGUGAUUAACCUCUGUUUUAAGUCUAUAUACUUACUAUCUACACGGGAUGCACUACAGAAACGAACAGAACGAUUCCAUUACGUACGACGGGUACACAUUUACUCUUGCAUUUAUCCGCAAAUAAAUAUGUGUUUUGAUCAAUA